GUCUUGUCCCAACCCCUUGUGACCAAUCUAAAAGCAAAUCAAAUUACCCAUAAUUACCCACUAAUACACUAUCAUAAGUCAUAUAUAACUCACUCUCUCUCUUUCUCACCCUAUUUAGAAUUGAUCCAUUGAGGAAGAUGGAGAGACAGCAGCAAAAUUAUCUACUUAGUUGGAGUCACCAAAACCAGUGUGGUAUAAAGACAAUAGAAGAGCUUAGACAUUCUCUUCUUCACACAACAAUGGAGUUAGAGCAAACAAGAAUGGUGGCCAGCGAAGAACUCAUUGCCAAAGACGACCAGAUAAUGCAGCUCAAAGAUCUUCUCAACAAAGCUAUCAAAGAGAAAGAUGAAGCACAAGAGAGAUACAAAAGGAUUCUUCUUGACCAAAACUUCCUCCUUCAACACCAAACGGACGAAGAGCAAGAUCCAAACAUCAAUGGGUUUCACUCAUCGGAUGGUGAAGAAAGCAUUGUCUCAUCUUUUGAACCGCCGGUGGAAAUUGAGUUAGAUUUUCCGGAGAUGACUUUACCGGAGAAAGGGAAGCUUUUAAAGGCGGUGGUGAAGGCAGGGCCUUUGCUUCAGACUCUACUUCUAGCUGGACAGCUUCCACAAUGGCGUCACCCGCCACCACAACUUGAGUCCUUUGAAAUUCCACCGGUGAUUAUUGCUGAAGGAUCACCAUUGUCACAAGAUAGUUGUGGGAAUAAUCUAAACAGGAAGAGGGUUCACUGUGAUUCCAAAAGAGAGACCAAGUACCAAAGGCUCUUGCCUUGAUCGUUUAUGGACUUACAUUUCACUUAAGCAUCAAGUAUGUAUCGCUUUUCUUUGUAUUCUUUCCAAGGGUCAUUGUAUGUCAAGCCCGUGGGUUAACCCAUUUCUUAUCUUGGAGUCUAGGUCCAUCAUGUUAAACAAAAAAAGAUGUAGUACCGAGUAUCCGGUUUUUGGGUGAGCAUGACUCUUUUUGAUUAUAAGCUUGGUAAAUAUGUGAUUGUAUAGGUUAACCGCGAGUUAGCGUCUCACCACUAGCAAAAAUCAGGGCUAAAGCGAGCUAGACUAAAGUGAGCUGGCUCGGCCACCGUAUUGACUCUACUGCCUUUUGUAUGUGUGUAUAAAAAAAAAAGGUGGAAAAGAGACUUUAAGAUAUGAAAUGGUGUGAGGUUGAUGAGCAUACAGUGAUUGGGAUUUGGUUACCCACAGAUCUG